AUGAACGACAUCAAGCAGGAACAUGGUUUUCUAAGUCCGAUGAAAUCCGAGAUCUCUGCAACUAUUGUAACUGCAAAAGAAGAAUUUAUGCCGUCGGACCAAGGAAUUAGCGAUGACGCUGGGCAGAGCGCACAAUCUGCUAUUGGGAAAGUAAAGGCGUCUGCUGUUUCGGAACAAGAUCAACGAGCACGCAUAUGUGAUCUUUGUGGCAAGUCUUUUUCGCGAGCAGAUACUCUGCGAACACACCUCCGUUCGGUUCAUCUGAACCAACGUCCCCAUAUAUGUGAACAUUGCAAUAAAGCGUUUUCUGAGAAAGGAAACCUACGAAGACAUCUCAAGUCUGUUCAUUCGAAACAGCCAUUUUACACCUGUGAACUCUGUGCGAAAUCUUUUCCCCGAAGAAUGGGUCUCCAAAUACACAUGGCCUCCAUGCACUCUAAGGGUCGGGUCCACCGAUGCGAACAUUGCAACAAGUGCUUUACUGAUAGAAGCAACCUGCUGACGCAUGUUAGCGCAGUGCAUUUUAAUCAGCGCCCUCAUAAAUGUGAGCACUGUGCGAAAUCCUUUUCUCACACAAGUCAUCUCAAAUUGCACGUCCAAGCUGUUCAUUUGGCUCAGCGCCCGCAUACAUAUCAGCGUCCGCAUACGUGUGAACGCUGUUCCAAAUCAUUUGUUGACAAAUCGAGCUUUCAAAGACACCUCCAAUUUGUUCAUUUGACUCAACGCCCCUAUCUGUCCAUUUGCAUCUGCGCCCCUACACAUGUGAGCACUGUACCAGGACAUUUGCUGCGAAAUCCAGCUAUCAAAGACACCUCCGAGCUAUUCAUUCGAAUCAGCGUCCGCAUACGUGUGAGCACUGUACCAAAUCGUUUGCAGACAAAUCAAGCCUUCAAAGACACCUUAGAACUGUGCAUUUGGAGGAAUGGAUGGACAGAAAAUACCUAA